CCGCCACGCUCAGUUCGGUCGGUCUCCAGUUAGCGGACGGACGCGCGUGCAGCUCGGUUGGAAAAGUAAAACCAUGUUUCGUCGCAAGUCGGUCCUGGCCCAAGGCCUGUGUGAAGAGAAAAGCGUGUACGAGUGUCUCAACAAACUAAUGAUUGCACAAACCAGAGUUUCAGAGCAACAGCUGAGGUGGGCAAAAGCAGAAGAGAAUCCUCUCUUUCUCUGUCUGUUUGGACGACUGGCGGAGCUCACUUGGAUGGGCAAUGAACUCAUAAGACAGUUCCAGGACAAGCAAACGGAGCUGAACCGAGUGUUCAGAGACAUUGACCAGGAGGAGAAGAUUGUGGACGAGUCGCGGAAAGCUCUGCUUGCCUGUCAGACGAAAUAUCUGAAACUCCAGAAGCAGUUAGAACAUUCUAAGAAGAAGAACGAUGCAGGGAAGAUUCAGAGCAUUGAAAUUGAGCUCACAACACAAGGAAGUCUUCGAGAACAUCUCAAAGAGUCGGUGGAAAAACAAUCCCACAAACUGGAGCUCUACAAGGUUGACCUACUCAAGAAGGGGUUGAAGAGUCAAGCACAAACUUAUCUGGACAUAAGCAUCAACUACCAGGCGCUGUUCAACGCUCAGCUGCAGUUGGCCGACAUGCUGUGUCUCGAAACUCCAAGAACUCUGUUGGGAACCCUUGAAGAACCAAUGGAACAAAAUGUGGCAGAAGAGAUGAAGUUAUUCUUGUCCCAAGUGACGGAGAGUCUGAGGAUCUAUCCCCCAACCAACGGAGGAGUCAACGUGAAGAAGCUGAGCGAAGUCGGCCAGUCUCCUCCCUUUACCCGUCGCUCCAGCGCCGAAGAGGCCGUGCUAAAGAGUGGACGCAGUGCUGGAAAAACUCACCACUCUAUCUCUCAACCUAUCCUCGUAGGUUAUAAUCAGAAUGCCCCGACGGAGGAAGUGGCUCCAGUCCAGAAUGCGCUGAUCCUCCCGCAGUGCCCCAUUGUGCCUGAAGAUGUGGCGGUACUCAGUGGGGAGUACUGCGAGAUAGAGAGUCCCGGGAUUCCAGAGGAAGAUGAGGACGAGUGCUACUCAGAGCCACUCGCUAGACGGAGUGCUAUUGGUCUCGGCAGCACACAAGCUGGUGAUGGUUGUUGGAGUGUCGCUCAGCAACGUAACGGAGAGCAACAGCAAACAUCCAAAGGUGUCCUGCAAUCUCCUGGUCUCUAUCGCUCACGGGACUCUGUCACAAAUGAGGAGUCUGCAAGCUCAAGCUCGGCGGAAGACUUAAAGUCGGGAAAAGAAACAGACACAUUACGGCAGGAGACACCUUCGUUAGAGAUGCGUAUGUCCGACGAGUGUUAUGCCAACCCCGUUGAUGCCAUCAAUGAGUUCCUGCAAGGAAGAGAUGCCGAGUUCAGUUCUUUAACAGAAAGCGAACCAAACCAAAGUCCAAAGUCGAUUGUACCUCAAGUCGAAACAGAAAGCACUACCCAAUUGCUGAUUCUCAAAUCACUCGGUGAAGAGCCCUCCCUUCAAGCACAGCAGACGAGCAAAGAGAUACAACUCCAGUUAUUCCACGAGCGACUAUUCAAGGAUCAGACCUCGUCAUGUGGCCACCAGACUCCAAGCAACGGAAGCAGCGAAGUUGACACUGAUUCUAUCCACAACAGACCUCACGACUAUUCUGAGAUUGACGACGAACCAACUUACUCAAAUCCGUUUGACGCACUUGCUGAGAGCGCCUACAGGCCACCGUACCGAGUGAAGAUCGAUAAACUGAAGCGGAACGUGAGUAUGUCAGCGAGUGCUAUUCAACUCUCAAAACAGCAGUCAUCAGGGAGCAGCACGAGAUGUUCGAAUUCUCCUCCGCCUCCCCCCGUGCCAAUUAAAGACGAGAAAAAGAUCGUGGGGGGACUUAAUCACAAACCGAUGCGCUACGGGAGGCGCGGGAGUGGAGAGAAUGAACCUAGGGGAGCACCCUCCAUAGCAAGGUCUGAGAGCAGUGCAUCAGUGAGCUCAGUACCACAGCAGCAACAGCAGCGUGUGUGGGAACGACGCGAACCAGUCUGGAAGAGAAACAACAGCCGAAGGGGCUCUGAUGACGGGGCAUUCCUCCCGCAAAGACCUGGCGCAGAUCACGAGGAUAAACCAGAAGCCCCACUGUCGGUCGCCGAGCGAUUGCAUCAGCUACGCCAACGGUCGCAGUCGGACGGACUCACUGUUGACGAGGCACGUCUCCAGUCAAGACCACCCAUGCCACUUCCGAUUGAGGAACUGGAGAGGAGCGGAGGAGGUUGGGGUCAGGUGAGACUCAACGGGCAGUCACACCACGCUGCAGCCAGCAACGGUAGAGAGGAGGAAAGGGGAGGCAAGCCGCGUCCUGUGAGGCAGAAAGCGUGGCUGGAGAGGACUGUUUCAGACCAGCAUCAGUCGGUCUACUUUGCCAGACCUGGCAUGGCACACGUGGUCCCGCUCUCCGCGAGAGAAAUCGUGAAGCAACACAUUUCACAUGCUGCAUCGUAACUCAACAAGUUUAAAAUUGAGUGUGUGUGUGCAUGUAUCUCUCCAUGUCU